AUGCCCUCGAAAAUCUGCAUUAUUGGAGCUGGUGCCGCUGGAUUGGUGACUGCAAGACAUGCAAUUAAGGAUGGACAUCAAGUAGAAAUAUUCGAGCAAACAGAUAAAGUUGGAGGAACAUGGGUUUAUUCAGAAGAGACUGGAUGCCAUUCCAGUAUGUAUAAAAUUAUGAAAACUAAUCUUCCAAAAGAAGCAAUGCUAUUCCAAGAUGAACCAUUUCGAGAUGAUCUUCCAUCUUAUAUGAGCCAUGAGGAUGUUUUGGAAUACCUGGAAGACUACUCAAAAGAUUUCCCAAUCUUUUUCAAUACUACGGUGAUCGAUGUGAAAAAAGAUAGUGAGCAGUGGAAGGUCACCACAUCCACAAACUCCAACUUGUCCGUUCAUUUCUACGAUGUCGUUUUUGCGUGCAAUGGUCAUUUUUUUGAACCUCUGAAUCCAUAUAAGGAUUCUGGAUUUGUAGGAGAAAUGUUGCAUAGUCACGACUACAGAAGAGCUGAACAUUUCGAAGGAAAGAAGGUUGUGAUUGUGGGAGCAGGUCCUUCGGGAAUUGAUAUCACUUUGCAAGUCGCAUUGACUGCUAGGCAUGUCACUCUGAUCAGUAAAAAAGCGACGUAUCCGGUGCUUCCAAAAACCGUUCUUCAAAUUGCAAGCCAUGUGAAAAGUGUCUAUGGUCUUGGUGUCAUCACAGAUGAGGGCGAAAAUAUCGCAGCUGAUAUUAUCAUUGUGUGCACUGGUUAUGUUUUCAAGUUCCCUUUCCUCGACUCAUCUCUAAUCCAACUCAAACACAACGACCUAAUGGUAUCUCCACUCUAUCAGCACCUUUGCCACGUGGAUUUUCCCAAAUCGUUAUUUUUUAUUGGUCUCCCGCUUGGAACCAUCACAUUUCCUCUAUUUGAAGUCCAGGCCAAAUAUGCGCUAUCUUUGGUUUCCGGGAAAGGAAAAUUGCCAGGUGACAUUCAGAAUUUUGAAGAACGCCGUCUGAAAACUCUGGAAAAUCCAGCAGCGUUUCAUAUAAUGGUUGAGGACCAAUGGGAUUAUAUGAAGGAAUUGGCUGCGAUGGGCGGUUUCGAGGAAUGGAAUUUCAUGGAAACUAUUCGAAAAAUUUAUUGCUAUAUAAUGAUUGAAAGGAAGAAAAAUGUGAUUGGCUACAAGAUGGUGAACUUUGAGUUGAACGAGGAUAAGACCGAUUUUAAAAUUGUCAAAUUUUGA